GCCCUUGCCACACUAUCAUCUCUGGUUAGUUUUCUCUCUCCGCUCCGGCCUCCUGCCGCCUCCACCGUCAGUUCGCCCCCUUAAACCCAAAACCUCUCUCUCCUGGGGACAAAUCCAUGGCGGUGGAGAAAUCCGGCGGCGGUGGCGCCUCUUCCUCGUCGUCAGCCUCCGUCAUGGAACGCUUCUUCAAGAUCGUCCUCAGCUGGGACUACCUCCGCCUCGUCGCCGACUCCAAGGGCGCGGAUAAGACUAAGGGGCUGCAGCGCGUGAAGAACACCUACACCUCGGUGGCCGAGUACCUAGGCGUCUUCGAACCGCUGCUCUUCGAGGAAGUCAAGGCACAGAUCGUCCAGGGCCGCAGCGGCGAGGAGGAAGAGAUUGGGCUGGACUGGCAGAAAGGGUUGGUGGGAACAUACACGGAGUCUGAGGGGUUCCACAAGGUGCAGAUGGCGGUCGUCGAUUGUUUUCAGGAGAUUGUGUCAGAGAACGACCUCCUCUUGCUUUCCAAAGAGAAAUUUGAGGAGGGAGUGACUCCUACGGCAUAUGCCUUUGCGGUAGUGGAACAGCGCGGUGGUAAAGGACCGGUUUCUCUUAGAACAUUUGUGGAAGGGGAAAUUAAGAAUCUGGAUAUUGCAAAGCCUGUGAAGUCUUCAAGGCUGCAGCGCAUUGCUUCCAUUUUUGCAACAAAUGGACAAGUCCUUUGGAUUCUAAAGAUGUGCAGCCUGUCUACUAUAUUGAGAGAGUACUCUGCUAUGCAAUCUGUAGCUUCACUUCCUUUUAAGGAUUUGAUUCUUUCAGCUUCUGAGAAAAAUAAAGAUGGAGAUGAUCAAAAUCGUGCUUGGAAUGUCCCUGAGCCACUUAUGGAUUACCUCAAAACAAACCUUAAUGAUUCACAGCUUGAUGCAGUUAAUGCCGGUCUUUCGCGCAGAUCCUUUGUCCUUAUUCAGGGCCCUCCAGGAACAGGAAAAACACAAACAAUCCUUGGACUUCUCAGUGCUGUUCUCCAUUCUGCUCCUGCAAGAGUGCAGACCAAAGGAGGAUUUGAUGUUGAAAAGCAUGGGCCAGAGCUGGAUAUAGAGGGCAAGCAUACACACUGGAUGAAAGCAUCUCCAUGGCUAAUUGGUGCAAAUCCUCGAGAUUUGAUUAUGCCUGUCGAUGGUGAUGAUGGCUUUUAUCCUACUGGGAAUGAGCUGAAACCUGAAGUCAUAAGUUCCAAUCGCAAAUAUCGGGCCCAUGUGUUGGUCUGUGCUCCAUCUAACUCAGCACUUGAUGAGAUUGUAUCGCGUGUUCUUCAAACAGGAAUACGUGAUGAAAAUAAUAACACUUACAGUCCCAAGAUUGUGCGUAUUGGACUAAAGGCGCACCAUUCUGUCAAAGCAGUUUCUAUGGAUUACCUUAUACAACAAAAACUUUCUGGUGUGGAUCGCUCGUCAGAUGGCGGGAGACGAGGAGCUGGUGAAUAUGAUCGAAUUAGGGCUUCAGUUCUUGACGAAGCAGCCAUUGUAUUUUCUACCCUCAGUUUCAGUGGAUCGACCGUUUUCAGCAGGAUGACUCGUUCUUUUGAUGUUGUUAUAAUUGAUGAAGCUGCACAAGCUGUAGAACCAGCAACUCUUGUACCCCUGGUUCAUGGUUGCAGACAAGUUUUUCUUGUCGGUGACCCAGUUCAGUUGCCUGCAACUGUAAUUUCAUCGACUGCUCAGAAGUUAGGAUAUGGCACAAGUUUGUUCAAGAGAUUUCAAGCUGCUGGUUUUCCGGUGCAAAUGCUCAAAAUUCAAUACCGUAUGCAUCCAGAGAUCAGUAUAUUCCCUUCGAAAGAAUUCUACGAAGGUAUCCUACAAGAUGGGGAGGGACUUAACAAAAAACGUCCAUGGCAUUCUUACAGCUGCUUCGGGCCAUUUUGCUUCUUUGAUAUUGAUGGGAUUGAAUCUCAGCCGUCUGGAAGUGGUUCAUGGGUGAAUGAGGAUGAAGUGGAAUUCAUAACCCUCAUAUAUCACCAAUUGGCCACGCACUAUCCAGAACUCAAAUCUAGUUCUCAAGUAGCUGUUAUAUCGCCAUACAGCCUUCAGGUAAAACUCUUGAAGGACCGUUUUCGGUCAACCUUUGGCGACCAAUCGAAGGAAGUGAUAGAUGUAAACACUGUUGAUGGAUUCCAGGGCCGUGAAAAGGAAGUUGUCAUUUUCUCGUGUGUUAGAUGCAAUAAGGAGCAAAAUAUUGGGUUUGUUUCUGAUUUUCGACGAAUGAAUGUUGCCAUCACCAGAGCUAGGUCUGCUGUACUAGUAAUAGGUUCUGCUUCAACAUUGAAGCAAGAUAAGCACUGGAACAAUCUUGUUGAGAGUGCCAAAGAGCGAGACCGCUUCUUCACGGUCUCAAAGCCAUUCACCACGUUCUUUGCUGAGGAUAAGUUCAAAACCAUGAAGGUGGAAAGGCUUCCUCCGGAUGCGAGAAUAUCUCAGGCACUAGAAGCAAUUAAUGAAGUAGUUGCAAGGCAAGAAGUUAUGGAUGUCGAUGAUGCUGUUGACGGAGCAGAUGCAGGGGAUUAUGAUGCCAUGGAGGCUGACGAUGGAGGUGGCGAUGAUUAAUUGUGGGCCAUAAUAUAGGUUCAGUCUGCAUGGAUAAAUGGUAGCAGAAACCGAGUACAUAGUCUCGCAAAAAAAGUACAUUGAGGAGCAUUUUUAUGGGCAGUUGGAUAUGGAGGUUGGGCCUUGUUCCAGUCGAGCCUUCAGUUAGAAAUUCUGGACAGUUCUUAGCAAAUUCUGAGAGGAAGUGGUAUUUGAAUGCCUAACUUAAUAGUAAUUACGUAACAAAAUAUUAAUUUCACAAUUUUUAGAGUUGGCUUCCAUGGUC